AUGUCAUUUACCCCGCCAAUGGUAUCGACUGCCCCGCGCACCUGGAAAAGAGAUAACAGCAAAUUCUUCAUCUCGACUGAUCAAUCUUUGCUCUCGAUAAAAGCAGUCAAUGAAGCCUAUGGGAGGGAAUUUCUCUAUUGGGCCAAACCUUUCGAAGAAGAUGUCCUCCGCCAAAUGCUUUACGGCUGCAUGAGUUUUGGGGUCUACCAGUCACAGAAAGAACAUGAGCCUCCAUCUGCUGAGAAUACAGAGCAGAUCGGAUUGGCGCGCAUGAUUACCGAUGGUGUGACAUUUGGAUACCUGACAGAUGUCUAUGUCUUACCUGAAUACCAAGGGCACGGGCUUGGAAGGUGGCUUCUCGAGUGUGUAUCGGAGGUUUUUUCGAAAGAGAAUAUGCCGCACCUUCGUCGCAACAUGUUGCUCACUAGCGAUGACGAGAUGCAAAAUUUCUAUGCCGAUAUCUUUGAUACGAUGAAGGUGGUGGGGCGCGAAGAGCGAAAAGACAUUGGGAGGGAUUUGGUAUUUAUGUGUGCUCGACCGGGGGUCAAGCCAGAUCCCUCUACAGCCUUGGAAUAA